GCACGCGAAGGUUCGGUGCUCGCCGGCAGCGCGGCCCCUGGUGUUCCGUGGUGCCACCCCCAACACCAAGCUGGCCUCCGCGGCCUGCCAAAAGCCAAGACCGCGCGUCGUGGGUCCUUUCAAUGAGACAUGGCUAUGCUCAGUCUGAUAGAGGCUGGCCCGUCCCGUUCCGGGACCACUAACAGGACGGGGGACUUCAGCAGUAAGCCCCGGGACAUGAGUGCACCAGCUGCGGAAGUCGAGACGGCUGGUGUCAAUCCUGACUGCCGUGGUCGAUCGCUGAUGACCAGGGUCUAAUGCCAGCUGCGUCUGCAGGCACUUAAAUGGCCUUGUCCUGCGCGUGUAACCACCUCGGCAUGCAGCGAUCAUCUGGUAGAGGUCCUGCCAGCUUCACCUUUUUCUCGGUACCUUCACUCCUCGCAGCAGAGCCCUUCCUGCAAAGCACUAUCAUGGCGAAAUCAGCCCUGAGGCCCAACCAAAAGCGGAUCUGCAUCAUAGGCAGCCCUUUAGCGGGUAAGACCCAACUCGCGAAGCGAUUCAGCGGGCAAGACUUCGACAAAACGUACACACCAACCCGGAAGAAGACGCCAACACUGCUACCCAACAACAUCGAGCUCCUCGAGUUCCCGGGUUUGACUGGUGAUACCACGAUCAAAACUACCUUGGAAGAAAUGGCCCAUUCCCAAACAGUGGUCAUCAUAGUCUACGACCCGACGUAUCCGCCCUCGCUCCGCCUUCAUACGAAUAUCUUGAAGACCCUGCCACACAAGAACGUCAUGAUUGUCGGUACCCGAUCUGGCGAGUCUGAAGAGCCGGAUCGAAGGAGUACGGACACGCGCGCUGAAGCCGAAGAAACCUCACGUAAAUACGAGGUUUCGCAUUUCCCGACCUCGCUCAUGACUGGGUCAGGUUUCGCUCAGGUCAGAGCCGAAGCAUUUCGAUUGCUGGGAGUCAACUACACAGACGCCUCAUCGGGGUCAGAGAAGGACACAUCGGACGGGAAUGAGAUCUCACACAAAGGAGUGCAGACGGAUUGUCAGCCUACUGAACCAGCCACUGCGGAUUCGCUGAUGAAGGACACACGGCUGGAAGGCCUGUGCGACGAGGAGGCCAGAGACAUGCCUAGUGUGAAGAUGGUCCCGGUUCGUUGCUGUUGUUGUUCUGUGGCACUCCUCUGUAGGGAGAUCGGGGACGUCUGCAUGGCGUGGAUCGGCAGAGGUCAAGCUUGGCUGGCGUCCCUCUUCAGGCGCAGUCGUUCGCGCGCCCACAGAAAUGGCGCGCAAAGGCCCAAGUCCACGAACAGGCUGCUCGAGGAAAAGCAUGCCAGUGUCUCCUACGGUGGGACAGCAGAUGCCGAAUCAGUUACACCUUGGACACCUAUGUAAAUAGAGCACCGAAUUUCAUCGCCUUGAGAAUGGGAUCCUGUGGCGCUGCGAGCAUGGCUGCAAGCAUAACAAGUGAGCCUGUGGAUCGCCCGUCAAUGCUCGGACAUGUGUGUGCUUCUGGCUCGUGCGGGUCUGACCCAUGUCGGCAG